UUUCUGACGUCAUGCAAGGUAGUCGGCUUUUUUCUUUGAUUGUCUCAGAUAAAUGCGCUUAUUAGGCAUAUACAAUCUUGUUGCACGUGGUCGGACGAAGAUGUAGUUUGUUUUUGUCAGAGCUAUCAUGGAUAAGGAUGUAAUAGAUUGGGAAUGUGAUUCGGAGGAUUAUCAGUCUGACGACUCCGAUAUUAAUUUUAUUCCCGGUUACAUGAUCGAAUGUUCUGAGGUUAGAAAUUCUAACAAAGAUUUUAAUCAAGAAAACGUGGGCCUAGCAUAUGCUGACGAGCCUUUGGCAGACGAAGAGUGGUUGGAAAAUUACAACAGUCAGGAACAAAAACGUUUAGAACUACAAGAAAAGCUCGGCAAAAGACUGGAUGGCUCUGUAAAAGUGGACGAGUGGUGUCAGUGCGGAAAUUGUGAUGUGACGCUACUCGUAAACAAUAACGAAUGCCAUUGUUGUUUUGAACUUGAUGGAUGCCAUGAAGCAAUGAAAAGCGACGAAGUGAUUAGCGAUCUCCAAGCCGAAGCUUUCUACGCAGCAUCUCCUAUAGAGAAUUUACAAGACUGGUAUAUGGUCUCCUUGGUAAUAGGCGAUUCCCACUACCUGCAUGUGCCUACAUGGCAAUAAGAAAAACAUUUCCAGUAGUUGAUAAAGAAAAUUUUACUGGAUAUUCUGAUGAUUCAGAUUAGUUAAAUUUUCCAAGAUGUAUAAAGAAUGCAAAAAUGUAAAAAAAAGCUGGGGUGAGAGUGC